UGUAGUUCAAAACAGACGAUUAGUGUGAGACAAAUAGGGCUCUAAUAAUUUCAGAUGGAUUAUACAGCAUUUAUGUGACGUUACAGUGUCUGUGAAACUUAAUUAAUUUUGACUGCUUCCCGUGAGUGCUUAUGGAAUUACUGUAAUUGUACCACUAAGGUACUUCCAGUCCAUAGGAAAGCAAUGUUGUGACAACAGCGCCCGCAAAAUGUGUUUCGAAAAGCACCUCAACUUUCUAAAUAAUAGAACUAUCUUAUUUAUAAUCGUUUUAUUAUCGCUAAAACUGUGCAGUCCCCAGGACUUGAGUGACGAUUUUAUUGAGGACAGUAUCGAAAUAAUAACAGAAAUGAGUGCAGUUCGAAAAGAAAAAUUCUCUAGAAACAUUGGAGCAGCAACUCCAUGUACACCUAGUGAAUUACUUUGUGAUACGGGCCAAUGUAUAUCCUUAGAUAAAUACUGCAAUGGCGAAGACGAUUGUGGAGAUAAGAGCGACGAGCCGAAGGCCUGCACACCGUGUAACAGAACGUACAUGGGCAACGUAGGGCGCACUUAUGAGCUAGAAGUACGAAGACCGAGAGAAGAUCAUCUUCCCUUUAUAUGCUACCUCAACUUUACUGCAAAUGGUGGAAAAUAUGGCGAUAUAAUACAGCUAACAUUCGACACGUUCACGGUGGGUAAAUUCGUGUCGUUCACGUCGGAUGGCUGUCCAGAUGGGCAUAUGACAAUUGUGGAGAGCAGCCCAUCACCGCCUACGGGACAGUGGUGUGGUUCAGCUUGGGGAUAUACAGUGUAUUUCAGUGAAUCAAACUCCAUCAAUAUGACACUGAGACUGGACCGAUUGAGCCAACAGGGUGUUGGAUACAAUUUCGACUUCAAGUUGGCUUACAAGUUUCUAAGACGGAGCGACGCUAGACUCCGCUUCGGUAACACGACGGUGGGGGCUUGGAGGGGGGAGGGGGUACCUGGAACGUACUGCGACCGCAUACUGAGUGACUGCGACCUAAGAGCAUGCAGGAUACAGUCUCCUAACUUCCCUGGAGUGUACCCGAGGAACGCGACGUGCACCUAUCGCAUCGAGCAUACUAAGUUACCAGCAGACAAACAUGUCCUAUUGGCAGUGAGGCAAACGAAUAGUCAUAAAAUACAUAUCAAAGACCAAAUAGUGAAGUACGAUAGGAGUCAACGCGUACUAAAAAUCUGGGACCAAUGCAACGUAGUCCAAGACUACCUGACGGUUUGGGAUGGACCAACAAGAGAUUCGCCAGUACUGGUGCGACUUUGUGGUGGCGAUGCUGUACCAGAUAUCAUCAGCAGAAGUUCAAAUAUGCUGCUCGAGUUCCAUACAUCGCCGUAUGAUAAUCCAUUUCAUCCUGUACCAUUAAGCUACUUGCCAGGAUUUGAACUUGAAGUACAGGUGUUGUACGUGGACAAAGAUUCCCACUCGUACGUGGGCACGGAUGGGCGCUGCCGGUUCGUUCUACGCUCCUCUGACAGGACGAGUGGCGUGCUACGUAAUCCACGACACUCCCUGCCUCCUAAUACCUCCUGCGUUUACUACUUUCAGGGUCGUCCUAACGAAGUUGUGUGGGUUUCGUUUGUGAAGUACCACGCGGCGGGAACGGAGCCGGCUGGCUUUGACCAACAAAAGGAUUGCUCUUCACAACUAACCAUUUGGGAUGGGGCGGCUCCAGAUGCCGACCUCGAUAGAAAAUUGGAUAUGACCGACAAGAAGUUGCUGCUGGGAUCGUUUUGUCGCGAAGAAUCUCCACGACUAUGUGACCAUGCCCUUCUCUCGAACGCCACGAGAGCAACCAGACCUUGCGCACCAUCUGAGAGUUACAUCACUUCUGGACCAGCACUUACAAUAUUACAGGAACUUCGCCAAGGAUCAGCACUGUAUCCUGUAUCAUUUGUUCUACGUUACGAGUUUGUUGACGUUAGCGAACAGGGGCAGCCAUUGAUGGACUCAAAAUCCGCCUGUGAUAGAGUUUUUAAAUCCGCCCAGACGUACUCCGGAAGAUUUCAAGCACCGAGAGCGAUAUUUUAUUACGGUCGCGGUGGAGCUCAAAAUCUUACGUGUAUAUUGAGGUUCGAAGCAAAAUACGGCGAGAGGGUUCAGUUAAUUUUUAAUAACAACAAUUUUGGCAAUAAGCAUUGUAGCACUCAUAAAGACUCGAGAACCAGCCGUUGGAUAUGCAAUAGACCUCUCAAGAGGACAAUAGGAGGUGAAGGCCUCGCGCAGAUAAUUAUCACUGAAUACCCAUGGGAGGGAGUCCCCAUAAAAAGAGAUUGCCUUUGUACAAACCGCUCUGAACCUCUACACAUUCAUACAUUAACAGCUCCCGUGAUAGAAGUCAAUUUCACUGUUACUAUGAUGAACAUCACUGAAGAUUAUGACGAUUUUAGUUUUGAAGGUGAAUAUAAGUUUAUACCAACUGGACCAGGGGAUGAGACUGUUUGUUCUACUGGCUGGGGAGAAAGACGACUUCGAGGAAGCAGUGGUGAAAUAAGACUGUUUGAUAGGAGAGAAACAUUGCUUUUACCAGAAAUAGUCAGUGACAGGCAUGUGAUAUCAGAGAGUGUUAAAGCAGAAGUAGCUUGUGUACAUAGACCGUGGCUUAUUGAACCAGGCGGGGACGAAGUUACUCCAAUGCAAGGUCGAUAUCUGUACUUAAAGAUUCCUGGAUAUGAAAUCGAUAAAUCUUCAUCGUUAUGCCUCACACCAAAUAGAUUGUUUUUGUAUGAAGCAUAUGAUACAAGUAGAUUUAGGGAAAUAUGCCCCGAUACAUCGAGCAUGAUGGAAUUUUAUUCACCUGGGUGGAACUCAGCUCAAACUUCUAUAGAGUCAUCUCUGAAACCACACGCAAGAAGUUUUGUUAUAGACUUCUUACAACAUGAACAAGCUGAUUAUUCAAUUAAAUGGAUAGAGAUUAUGAAAAAGCCUUCUAUAGAAAAUGAUCCAGAAAAUAGUAUUUUGCCAUCUUCAGUUCUUCUCGACUGCCGAUACCAUUGUCCUGAACUAAAUGCUUGCAUUCCACUCACACUGUGGUGUGAUGGAAGCGCUCACUGUCCAUCUGGAUACGACGAAGAUGAUUCCAACUGUUCGUUCCGAAUAUCAUUGCCUCCACCAUACGUCGUGGCGGUCGCCGGCGUAGGCCUACUAAUAUGUGCAAUAGCGAUAGCACUUUGUGCAUGCAAACGAAGAAGAAAAAAGGACAAAGAAUUUAAAGCACGUCUUGAUGGAGCAUUACAAGUAGAAGAACCAUAUGAUCGAGCAAAAACUAAUGGCAUACCAGAAGCAGCAAAACAAUACGCCACUGUACAAAAAUAUGCUACUAUAGACAAAUACAGUCUCAGCCAAAAGUAUAGCGCAGGUUUAAAUGAUGCUAGAUAUUAUGACGAAGUAGCUCAAAGAGAAAAAUUAAGUGAUACAAGAUACGCAAGUCUAGGCCGCGGUAGAAGCAGUCGAACGGAUAAUAGAAGUUCAAGGAAAGCUUUGCCUGAUUUAGGUUACCCAGACCUAAAGGAUGGCUUUUGUUGACAAUCUCCGGACCCUUUAGAGACGACAGUGUGAACAUUAAUAAAGUUUUGUUUCAUAUUAAAGACUGAAACGGCGAAAGUGCCUACAAAUUUAUUCGCUUUCUAAACUCAGCAGUGUGUGAACAUAUUGGAUGUUUCGGAAUAAUACUAUAUAGUCUCUUGAUUUUCAAAUAACAACUUGAUACUCAUAUUUCAUAUUUAUACAUUUUGUA